AUGAACUUUGACCGCUUCCUCGACAAGUUUGACGAGUCAACUUUGGUGACGAUGAAACGACACUAUUGGACUGCUAAGCAGCUGUUGAGGACAAAACUUGGGAAGAAGGAAGAUGAGCACCUUCAAGCGUCCGACGCUUCUCUCGACUCGAAACUAACGCUUUUCCGAUCGGUUAGGGCUACGUCGGAAAAUCUGUUGGCAUGCAUUGAGAACUAUCAGGCAUUUCUUUUAGGUAAGUUGUUCUAA